AUGACCAGUGCCGUCUCCACAAACAUAGUGGUUGCUUCCACUAGGACAAGGGCGGUCCGCAAGAAGGCCCACGAGGCUUGUGGGCGCUGUCGGGAGAAACGGAUCAAGUGCAAUGGUCUCCAGCCUUGUGAUCAAUGCGACAAGAAAGAGGUGCAGUGCGUCUUUUCCUUUGCUCCAUUGGCUUCGCCAAGCGGGCAUGAGGUUCUUGUUGAGAAACUGGAUCUCGUGCUUUCCCGCCUCGACAGGAUCGAAGAAGAAAUGAGCCGGCAAGCCAGGAUUUUUGCCCACGCUCCCGAUCCGAGCCUGCAGAAGCCGAGGAAGCACCCUUCCGAGAGACGAUCCAGCGGCGUUGCUCAGUUGAACGAACAGACUGGGUGCUUCGAGUACUAUGGACAAACCUCGACGUUCAUGACCGCUUCUUUUUUGGACAAACGGGUCAGGCAGCUUGACGACGUUUUGGAGGGCAAUCCGCCCGCCAAGCGGCGCCGAAACGACUUGGCGGCCGGGCAACAGCCACCGAACGACAAAAGCUCCGACAGUCUUGGGCUAGAGGGCCUAACAAGUUUCUGUGACUACGUUGUCCCGUUAAACGAUCUCCGUGGCGAUCGAUACCUGCGUGAACUCAUCGCCGGCCGCCAUAUCGAUAGCUUCUUCCGCACUAUUCACAUCUUCCUCCCCAUUCUCGACAUCGGUGCGUUUAAAACACGAUACGGCUCGCUGAGGCAUCUUUUUGGAGACCGAAGGCUUUUCAUAGCUACUCUUGACGAUACAAGGCGACCGCAGUUUGUCUGCUUGCUGUAUGCAGUGCUUGCACUCGGUGCGCUGUACGAGGAUGAGCGAGAAGACAGCUCUUCCUGGGCUUCGUGGUAUUUUGCAGAGGCGCAACAAAUGCUGGGGCGUCUGUUGGAUUCUAGCAAUAUACAACUGGUCCAAGCUGCCACCUUUCUGGGCGCUUACGCCCAGCAUACGAUCAAACCCAACCUCGCAUACAUCCUUAAUGGUCUUGCGACUCGAUUGGCAUUCUCAACCGGACUUAAUGUUGAGUCGUUGCAUUCGUCGCUCGGAGUCGAUGCCGAAGAGGCGAAGCGCACGUGGUGGGUUAUUUACAUCCAGGAAGUGGAGCUCAGUCUUGAUGCUGGCCGACCCAUGUCCCUACGCACUUCGGAGAUGAAUAUGGACUAUCCCACUGUGCAGUCUGCCGAGUCCGCUGAACCGAGCUCGCUCAAGCUGGAACAGAGAGAAGCGUUGCGCCAGGAAUUGGAAGGUUGGAGGGCUUCGCUUCCUCCUUACCUUGCCUUUCCAAAUGUUAGCCAAGAGGCGUACAACAGCUAUGAUCCCGCUUACUUGUACAACUGGAAAGCGAGACAACAAAGUAGUCUUCGAAUACACUAUGACCUUGCAAAAAUCAUCCUUCUCCGAGGCACCAUCCUGAGAAAGCCAUUCGACCGCCAUGCCUUAGCCAGCAAGCCAUUGUCUGGCCUUCACCAAUCGUUCUAUAUAGAUGCGGCCAGGGACACAAUACGGCAUAUUCACAAGCUGUUUAUAUUAGCGCCAGGACUGAGGCGUUGGAGCUACUACUGUUUCUAUUGCCUGCAGUCCACCCUUGUUCUUUUGCUCAAGGUUGCCGACGAUCAGCAUUCUCGAAACCGCCAGCAGAGACAUGCCGGUAAUCAGCCCAGCUCACUGUCACCCCUGGAGUCUGACCCAGGAAGAGCGGAAGAGGACAGGAAGCUCUGCCAACUUGCUGUUGAAGUUUUCGAAUCCAUCAAACUGAAAGCCUCACAGCGCUGUGCUGAUAUUGUGCGCCAAUUUCUUCACAAAAGGUCAUCGCCGACCCGUAGAGAGCGAGGCCAGGGGCUCUCCCCACCUUUGUCACUGUUGUCGGGACAGCACGAAUCUGCACACGACGGGGCCUCCCCCAGCACUACUAAAGAUAGGCUCCCCGGGGCAGAGCGGGUUGGAAGUGUCGACGGCAGUGACAACACCUCUCCCCAAGUGUCCUUAAACGGGCUUCAUGUCGAUCUUUUCGACGCUUUCUACAGCAACGACUUGAGCCAGGAUUUUAAUUUUGACCCACAACAGGCAUUCUUUGGCCAUGAAACUCCUCACGCCUCAUCUUCGGGAACAAGAAUGGAGGGGUUGGGAACCGGUGACUGGAUAAGCGGCAGUAUGCCUCCUUGUGACAGCUCUCGUCAGCCAGAUUGGUCGGUUGAAUGAGGAUACGUGCAGUAAUAAACAUUAAACAAACCUUGCUUUGGGUAGCUUUUGUUG